AUGUGCACUGCCUCUAUUUAUCAGCGUUUCUACACACCUCGUCUUGAAACUGCAUGCGGAAAGUUCUAUUCCUCCGAGUGGAAUCUAGAACGUCAUCGACGAGAAUCAUGUCCCGUGAAAGGCAAAUCUUCACCUGCCCCGAAAGAACCAGUCGAAAAUGUGGCAAACGAUGAAGCAAGCGUUCAAGUUGGACAUACGCUAUUCCUUUUGUCGAGAUCGGCCCUCUCACGAGCUUCAGCGUAUUUUGCGCAGCUGUUUGCCAUGCAUGAUCCAGCUAAGGGAGAAUUACGUCUUGAACUCGAUCCAUCACAUUUCCAGUCGCUCCUCGAUGUGUACAAUAACCCAAAUAAUCUAAGUCAGUAUAACAUCGAUGCAGUGGUAGUCUUGGCUAAUCGACUGAAAUUCAGCACUGUUUUUGACAGCUGCGAACGUUAUAUCGCUGAGCAGCUGCCGCAAAUCUCGGUCAUGCAUGCGAUACGUUUGGCUGAACAGCUG